UUCGAUCUUAACUUUCACAGUUUCAUGUAUCUAUGUAAACUGUUUUCAAUCUCAUCAUGUUCAAAGAAUUCGAACAGUUUGUUAUCGCCUUACCUUGUUUCAAUUGAACUGCAAACAAUCAUCGGUUAUUGUUUUAAAACGUUCACUUGGAUCCACUCAACUUAAUUCCAAUUGUUUCACACGAAUACUUGCUUAAAACCUAUUAUUCUAUCAACUAUGUGUUCAGAUUAACGUUUGUAAUUAUAGUGAUUGCCUUCAAUUCCUAUAUAUAUGGUUCAUAUUAAGGUUUAUAGAUAAUUAUGGUGAUUGGGGGAAAAUUGCAACUAUGGAUGAGAAACUCGAUGAUCGUGCCACUUUGCUUUCUCGAAUCGAACUUUUGGAGCGCGAGCGAGAUGAACUACGUAACGAUAUUGAGCAUAUUUGUAUGCAAAAUGCUGAACCCAAUUAUGGUGCUGUUGCUACCAGGAUGCAUGCUCAAAGGACAGCUGGUUUGGAGCAGGAGAUAGAUAACUUGAAAAAGAAGUUAACUGCUUGCUUAAGAGAGAAUGCAAAUCUCCAAGAAGAGCUUUCGGAGUCUUAUCGUAUCAAAAACCAGUUAGCCGAUCUACAUGCAGCUGAGCUUUCUAAGAGUUUAGAAGCAGAGAAGCAAAUUAAGUUUUUUCAAAGUUCGGUUGCUGCUGCUUUUUCUGAACGUGAUAAUGCAAUAAUGGAGGCGGAACAAGCGAAGGAGAAAGAAGAACGCGCAUCACAACAAUAUGGCAUUUUGCAACAAAAGAUAGAAGAACUCAAUGCGUUUGUUCUCGAAGAAAAGAAACGUUCAGCUACACUUCAGACUGAUCUAGAAAAACAUGAAAAGGAGAAUGAAAUAUUCAAACAGGUGAUCACAAAGUUUUACGAAACCAGACAACAUUCAUUAAACAAAUACGAUGAUGUUAAUUGGGAAGAUAAGUGUAUUUCCCUAUUGAACGAUUCGGAUGACAUGUGGACGUUCACGGGUUAUGGUGAAACGCCAACCACAAAGUACAUCACCGCACUAGAGGACGAAGUGGAGGCGUUGAGAAAAUCUGUAACUAAUCUCCAGAGCAAGCUACAGAUGGGAUUGGAGAUUGAAAAACAUUUGAAGAGGAUGGUGCAUGAUUUGAAAAACGGGAAAUUGUGUUUGGAAGAAAAGACGAAGAGGGACAUUUCAGGCUUACGUAGUUUUCACUCUCAGCACAGGCUUGAAAUUGUUGGUUUGCUCGAGGAGGAAUCGUCUUACAUUAAAUCGGUUGUCGACGAAGUGAAAGAAAAUAUGAAACAAAUAUGUAUAAAUGGAGAACGUAACAGUUUAUCUCCUCAGAGAGAUACGAAAUUGCAAGAAAAUGAUUGCCGUGAUGUACAUAUAAGCCCUGAUGCAGCCUCAGAUACUACCACAAAGGAAAAUGUUUCUGAGUUGCCGAACACUUCUGGUUCUGGAGCCGAGGACGGCUCAGAAGCUCUUGUUCUGAUGCUAAAAGACAAGGAAAAUGUUUCUGAUUUACAAAAAACUGGUAGUCCCGGAACAGGGGAUGUUUCCGAAGCCCUUGCUCAAGCAUUGCAAGAGAAGGUUGCAGCAUUGUUGCUUCUGUCACAGCAGGAAGAGCGGUAUAUGUUAGAGAACAAUGUAAAUGCGGCUCUUCAGACUAAAUUAGAGGAGCUGCAAAGAAAUUUAAUACAAGUGACAAAUGAAAAGGUGGUUGCUCUUAUGGAGUUGGCACAAUUAAAGCAGGAAAAUCGUCUACUACAUGAGAAACUAAACGGUGAUGGGAACAAAGGUAAACUUAUAACCGCGAGUGAGAAUAAAAGCACGUUCCACGAUAAGGACGGAAGGUUAAAGGGUUUACUGAAGAAAACGUACCUAAGUCAAUGGAUUAAUCCCCUUGGUUCCUAUGGAAGUGAUGGUGGGUCCCACCACGAGUACGCACAAAAUAUCACCAAGAAAAGUUCUAAUAGUACCAUGGAUUUUGCAAGAAUGAAAAUCGAGUAUACAGCCUUAAAAGAGAGCUUGGAAAGUAUGGAGCGUCUAAUUUCUUCAAUUCGUAGACUUCGUCUAUCGCUUGUUAAGGUGAAAGAAUCGGUUCCAGCUGAAGAUACGCUCACAGUUGCUGGCAGGAAAUCAGAAAUUAUCGAGAAUGUUGUUACAGAAGCAAAACUUCUAAAGACUGCACUCGGUAGCACGCUUCCUGUAAGCUGGUCGGCUGAGGUGGAUGAUGGUGUUUCAAGUGUCGAAAAGGUUGAUUGCGUGUCUGCAGCUGGCUUUGAGAUGGUGGAGUUGCUCAUAUUAGCCUCGGAUCUGUUGGAGAACUCCAUUACUUGAAGAAAAAGACGUCAACCAUAACAGAAUCCGGCAGUAGUUUGAGUCGUUUUUUUUCUUUUUUAUUUGUUUCAUGCAGUUUCAGCUGUAAAUAAUUGUUAUAGAUUGGGUUUUCUGGUUUGUAACUUUCUUGUUUCAAUGGAUUGUUUGUAGAUUUGAUGUGUUCUCUUUAGGGGGGAAAAUACAUUUGAUAGUAGUUAUUUUA